GCUGUCAACGAGCUGUUCCAGGAUGUGAGCUCUCUCGAGCAGUUCCUUGAGUGCCGGGGUCAGUGCGUGCUUACGCUCGCUAGUACUCCACUGGGCCGCGGUCUCGCGCGAGGCGCUGUCUGGACCAUCGCCACCGACAAGGGCGUCGUGCAGCUCGCCAAGCCGAUCGUCAAUGCGCUCAUGCGCAUGCUGCAGGACGAGGCGGGUACCAAGUCGGGGCUGGUCUUCAUGGACAUCGAGUGCUCGAGCGUGGGUCUCGCUGCAUGGACUAAAUCGUGGAGCUACGCAUUCGAGACGAUGGCCGCCCGCAUCAUCGACGGCUCGUUCAAGAAUCAGCAAGCUGGUGACCCCCACGUCGUCGACCAGAUUGCCAGCACAGCCAUGACGCUGCACGGCAUCUCGAAGGCUGCCACUGAUGCGCAGCAGCAGUUCGACGAGGACAUUGCUGCGGCUGGCGCCGUCGGCGCUGACUCUACCACAGAUGCCGACGCUGCUGCCAUCCUGGCGAUUGCACCACCGCCAGCCUCCGCCCCCAAAACGGUCACCUUGGGGACGCUGUCCGAGUUGAUUUCGUUCCAAUCAUCGGCCAUCUACGCCGAUGACGAUGCCUUGGUGGGAGAAGCGCUGCGCCAGCUGUUCACGGACGCCGACUACGACGUCCCAGUGUUCUUGGUGCCAGAGUCUGAGGUCACAGCCGCGUAUGUGAACCAGAUAUGCAAGGCCGUUGAGUCCGAGCUGACGAUCUUGGCAUACCUCCCGCAAGACGACACGUUCGAUUCGGUGCGGCUUGACGUCGAGAAUCCGAUUGGUACUGGCUCUGGCUCUGGCAAGAAGCUGGUGCCUUCCCUACUCACGACCAAGAAGCUCACGAACGCGUUCAAGAUGUUUUUCACAGGUACGGUCAGCACGAAGCGUGGUGCCCAGUCCUUCCACAUUGCGACCAUCAGCGGCGUGCGAGGUGGUGGAGGUGGUGGGGGCGAUGCCGGCGAUGCCGACGAAGCUGCAGAUGAUGCGGCGGGCGCUAUCGAGGCGGGCUCUGCGCCGACGGAGCAGGGCUCAGAGCUAGCCGCGCCCGCGGCACCUGGGGCGUUGCCAGCGACCGGCGCCGCCGAGGCCGCCGAGGGCGCCGAGGGCCUAGCGCUCGCGAGCGCCGUCCCGGGCGCUCCAAUGCCCGCGGCUGCGGCUGCGCCUGCUUCCUCUGGCAACUCUGGCGGCGCUGCGGAUGCCGCGGAUGCCGCGAGCGCCGAUGGCGCGGGCGCUGCGCAUGCUGACGCGGCGGGCGCCGCAGGCGGCGGCGCGGCCGCGCCUGCGCGCGAUGCUGCGGCUGCCAAGGCUGCCAAGGCUGCCAAGGGCAUGGGCGGCAUGGGCGCCAAGGUCGAGCUGGGGAACGCGGGGGGCGGUCAAUCGACAGCUCCAGGGGCCGCUCGCGCAGUGGAGGCCCCGCCGUCCCACGAGUGGCCCGAGGAGCCCGACGAAGGCAAGAUCCAGAUCCCGAUCUACCUCAACUACAAUGAAGCCAUCCACGGGUUCCACGCCGAGUGCCCAGUGCCCGCCUGGCUCAUUAGGCAUCGGCCCUCGCCGAAGCCGAAGGCCAAGCCAGCGGUCAAGGCCAAAGCCAAGGUCGAGAUGCAGUCGAUCACGUUCAAUCUGCCGCCCUACUUGGAGAUCCACAUGGACGGCGGCGCCUCCGUUGUUGACAAGAUGAUCGUGUGCAGCCCCGUGAUCGUGCCGACUGAGGCAGGUCGUGAUGCGACCCCCCCUUUCGAGCUGAUGCGGGACCCUGGAAUCGGCGAGAUGGCGCCCAAGAAGGCCCCUGCAGCGGCCCGGGAGCCCGCGCCCACGGGAGGCGCUUCGCUUUUCAGCGGUUCGACCAUGCUGGCCGAGAAGGGCCCGCGCGCGCAGUGCGAUCCAGGCAGCGGCGAAGCCGCGCCUGUCGCCCCGCCACCUGCUGCUGAUAAGCGCGGGCUCCCUGCCAAGGGCACUUACGGCCACCUCCUCAAGUAG